AUGCGCGGUCAAUUGUUAGGAUUGCCCAAUGUUCGCUCACUACUUAAGGUACGCCACUUCCAUUACAGUCGUGUUCUGAGAAAUAACGAUGUUGAACCGGCGCAUAUCAAGGACACAAACCGGUACAAAGAGCUACUUGUGAAAGAGGGCAAGUUCUCCGAGUCGCAGGCCACUACGAUCAUUGAUAUUCUUAAAGAGACGAUUCAAAGCGGUGUGGUUCACGUCUCCAAAGACCUUGCCAAAAGAGAACGUCUUAUCCAAUUGACGUACCAGCAAAGAGUUGAUUUUGCCAAGCUGAGGGACCAGCUUCUAAGUUCCGAUAGGAACGAGUUCCACAACAUACAGAAUGAAUAUCAGAGGGUGCGUAACGAUUUGGAGAAGAUGAGGAACAAGUUGCGGGAGGAAAUCACGAAGGCCAAUGCAGGUUUCAAACUUGAUCUUUCGUUAGAAAAAGGCAGAAUAAGAGAGGAGAGCUCGCACCACGACUUGCAAAUUACCGAGAUUGAGACGAGGAUCGACCACGAGGUGUCCAACAUGAAAAUGCAAAUAGAUAACGUGAAAGUGCAAGUUAUGCAAUGGCUGAUCGGGGUGUGUACAGGGACCUUCGCGCUGGUUCUUGCCUAUAUAAGGCUUCUGUCGUAA